UGGUAACGGAAACACCGACCAAUUCCAUCUCGUACCUCGUGCCGGACAAAAAUCGGUCAGAAAGUGAAAUCUUGGAACAAGACGACUCCGACUGGCUAACAGGUAUAAAUUUCCUUGUAAGCGGUUUUUUGGUCUUAACUACAAUGACAUUAGUUGUAGUAGCUGCCCUGAGUUUCCAGUGCGCCGCCACGUGGCGCUGGCUACGCGAUCGAACUUGUAGCAAGAACAUCGGCUGCGAAGACGACUUCUCCAAUAAACAACAAACCAACAUCCAGAUCAGCAAUUCGUUGCCCGAUCUGCAAGAGCAGGUGAAGCCUACCUAUGUACAGGAAAUCAAGGACAUCGUAGCUAAAAAGGUCUUACGCCAGACUACUCUUCCGAUAGUACCAGACCGUCACCAAACUUUUCAACGUCAACUUUCGCAUAGGUUGGACAUCCCAACUGACGUCAAAUUCAGUAUUUGUGCUCUGGAGAGGAACAACAGCAGCAUGAUUGGACUGAUAAAACCGGAACUCUACAGAAAAGAGCUGAUCAGGCAAGCGUCUGCUGAGAGCAAUGGAGGACAGGAAAUGGAAUACUGCGGCAAAUUACAUUUCGCUCUCAAAUAUGAAAAAGAGUUGGAAGGGCUAGUAGUCAAGGUAUUCGAAUCAAGAGAUUUACCAGUGAAAGACAUGAAUGGUAGCUGUGAUCCUUAUGUGAAGCUGUAUCUUUUUCCUGAUAGGAAAAAGAAGUAUCAAACCAAGGUCCACCGCAAAAACCAGAACCCAGUAUUCAAUGAAACCUUCAUAUUCAGUGUGAUGUAUGAAGAACUUCGAGAUAGAUAUCUGCAAUUUUCUGUGUACGACUUCGAUCGCUUUUCCAGACACGACUUGAUUGGACACGUUGUAUUCAAAGGACUAUCUGAAAUUGCCGAGCUUCACCAAGAGGUUGAGUACACCAUGAAUAUACUGUGCCCUCCAAAGGAUAAAGUGGAUUUAGGAGAACUGAUGAUUUGCCUGUGUUACCUUCCAAAAGCGGGAAGACUGACGAUAACCAUCAUUAAGGGCCAUAAUCUGAAAGCGAUGGAUAUUACAGGAAAGUCAGACCCCUACGUGAAAAUAUACCUUCUCUGUCAAGGAAAACGAAUAAGAAAAAAGAAGACAAGCGUGAAGUACAACACCCUGUGUCCUGUGUAUAAUGAGGCACUGGUAUUCGAUGUACCAGAAGAAAACAUCAAUGAUGUCUCUCUCGUACUCAAGGUCAUUGAUUAUGACAGAAUUGGAUUGAACGAGUUGAUGGGCUGCAUAGUGAUUGGGCCAAACUUCAUAGGAAAGGGAAGAGAUCAUUGGACAGAAAUGCUGGACAAUCCGAGGAGGCCUGUAGCACAGUGGUACCCUUUAAUGGAAUCGAUACCUUCGAAUGUACCACCACUGAAAGAUGGAACCAUCAGUUUGAGUUGCUUGAAUAGCAGGUGAAGAAAUAAACUGGUCAAAUCAAGAAAUUAGAGAACCACCCCACUCAGUAUUGAUUUUCAGAGUUACAGGAAGAAUUUGUAUUUUUUCAGAGGUCUCACAAGGCUUCGAGGAGAAAUAGAGUAUACCGUAUGCAAACACAUGCAUAUCAAUAGAAGUUGUGUAUAUGAUGAUAAUAAUUUUAUACCAUAGACGAAACUAUUUAUUCUUGAACGCUUCGUUUUUUUAUUGCAAUGGGAACUCAACGCUUUGGAAUUGUUGAUGAACUUGAUAAUAUUUCGAGAAGCUUUAAAAUGAAAUAUUGUGGGCAAAUAGUUUUAGAUUUUAGGAUAAAUAAUAUAGAAGAUGAAUGAUAUGUGAUGAAAUUUUCAGUAUUCUUGAUUAACGUGUAGGAAAGUUCACUACAAAAAACUUUGAUAUGAGAGAAUGGUAUCACAGAUGAGGUCGAAAGAAUGGAGUCGGAAAGGAUCAACUGAAUCAUAGCAAAAACUAUUAUUAACUUGCAGACGCUUUUCUCCGAAACAAUGAGCUUUCUCAUGAAAAUGGUUCAAGACUAUUUUACCUGAGGGAAUUUUUCCCAUGUAAAAUUCAAUAUGACAAGUAUAUCAGCUAUAACUCUUGUUUUUUUUUGUAUGCUGACAAUUUUGAGAAAGCAAAUCAUUCUACUUCAUAACUGGAAUGAUAUUUGAACCAAUAUUCUUACUCCUCGCGAACCCCCUACGACGAAUAGAUAUUAUCCCAAAAAUUCCAAAUCAGAAGUUGGCCGGGAAUCUUCUGUUUAGGCAGUAUAUAAUGGAAUGAAAAUAUUGUAGAACAUCUUGCCAAACAUGUAAGAGAACCUUCUGUGGAACUAAUUCACCUUCUCACUCAACUCUUACUCAGGAAUUAUUGAAAAAUCAGUUGUAAUGCUACAAAUUUCCUCUAAUUGGCAUUUACCAGUCCACCAGUCCAAAUACCAACUUUCCACAGUUGCUAGUUCUCAGGUCUGCAACAACAAUCAUUUUGUUUUUUCUCAUAUUCAUUCAGAAAAAUGAAAUAUCAUCGCUUGAAUAUACAGGAUGUUUAUUGAACAUGCGGUAAAAAUCAGAGGAACUAUUCCUUGGACUAUUAUAAGGAUAUUUUGUCCUUAGAUGAUUUUUUAUCGGGCGCUUUAUUUAGAAGAUACGGAGCCAAGAAAAAUUUCGACAAUAACAAUUUAUUACCAAAAAUUAUAUGUAAAGUUUCUUAAUCUACAAGAACUGUUGAAAAUGACUAGCCCCAGCUCGGAUGCAAAAAUCCAAUCUUCUUCUCAUUGACUCCAGAACUCUUUCAAAAACCCCAGGAUCACUUACGAGACAUACUAUUCAAAUUGAAUGUCUUCAGCCGUUUGUAGUAAUCGAAAUGUUGUUGAUAGGUACCAACGGAAUUGUUAGAUGUGAUGUGAGUAUAUAAGGAGAAGACAGAUGGCAGGAUUGGGGUUAAUGGAUCUUGAUGGGGUCUUGAUGUUUCACCUAUGUAACUCUUUCCACAGGAACAAAUUAUAUUGUUAAUACAACGUUUCGUUCUUUCAACCGUAUUUCUGGGUUUAGUUUGUGUCAAAAUAGAUCUCAGUGUGUUGAUGGUUCUAAAAGUUGUUCUCACAUUAUACUUAUAACCGAUGCGUUUCAGUUUCUCAAACAAACCGGGAACAUAAGAUAUGAUGUUAGUUGUGGGGUAUCUGUAUUGCUGUUGGAUUUGUGGUGAUUUUGAGAUCUGUAUACCUUGUAUAUUGUAUAUUGCUUUCACCAAGUUCAUUGAGAGUUCUUUCCACUCCGGAAAUGCGUAUCAAUAUUUGUUUUUCCAAUUGAUUUUUUUCAAUUUGUAGGCAAAAUUCAUGGAUAUGACAUGUUACUGAUAAAUUGAACUUUCCAGUAGUUUAUAUUACGCAGUAACUUUUUGGGGUGAACUUCUUAGUUUGGCCUUUACUACACUCCAGCAGAUUCUUUAUUGAUUCAUCUUUUAUUUUUUCGAAUUGUGAAAGAUUAUAGACCCACAAAACAGUUUCAAAAAACUUUCAUAAUGUUUUUAAGUCAACUUUUCUACCCGCUGUAAUCACGUAUCAUUCUGUUUCCAUUGCUCAAUGGUGACCAGAUGUUGUUGUUUCCCAUUCUAAUAUGAAGUGUAUCACAAAGUUUACGUUAGUUUUCGUUCGAUUUCCAGUUUAUCUGAAUGUUAGAAUAAGGAUUAUCAAAAUGCAGUGUCUAAAAAUUUUACUUGAAGCUUUUGUAUGAUUUCAACUUCAACUGUUUGUACUGACUGUUACUAUUAAUGGAAAUAUUCAUAGAUAUAUUUAUAUACUGUAUUAGAAAUAAGUAAGUGUUGAUAUUUCAUUGAACUGAAUUCGUUACAGCCAUGUGGAUCAUGGCCUGUUUAGGUUUAGAUUUAUAUCACUUUCAACUAUUCUCUCCAAACUAUACUAAAGAUCAAAAAAGAAAGAAUUUCCUGUGAGUACUGAU